UGGGCGUGGUUACGUAAACAUCCUUGCUAUUCAGCUAUAACAUUAGCCGAAGGGGUUGUAUGUAAAUAGCUUUACAAGCUUAUAGAAUGUCAACUUGGAUUGUUUUUUGUGUGAGUGCUGUGUAAGUUUUGGUGAAUUCCUGGACAUAUGUCUAAAUAUGGACACCAGAGGCUUUAUGUAAAGGCUGAUAGUUCUUUUUUUUCCUAUAAAAUCCGUCUGGUUAGCUGCCUAGCCUAGCCUGUUAGCUAUUGCGGGGGCAUUACGAGCAGCACAACAAACACCGAGUCAGGCCUCCUGGUCGGCGAGUCGACGUUACACAUUCCUGCCGUCGUCAUCAUGGAGAAGGCUGAUUUCUUGAAAGGACUCCCAGUUUACAAUAAAAGCAACUUCAGCAGAUUCCACGCAGACUCAGUUUGCAAAGCAUCUAAUCGACGGCCCUCUGUUUACCUUCCCACAAGGGAGUAUCCGUCUGAACAGAUUAUUGUAACAGAGAAAACCAACAUCCUCCUGCGUUUCCUGCAUCAGCAGUGGGACAAAAAGCAGAAUGCAGCAAAGAAGAGGGAACAGGAACAAGGCGAAGCGGACAGCCCAGCACCUCCGAGGAAAAUCGCCAGGACAGACAGCCAAGAGAUGAAUGAGGAUUCAUAAAGUGUGUGUUUGUGUGUGAGGGGAUGAGGAUGCGUGUGCACAUCCAGGGUGUAGCCAAUGUGAAGCAAUGAACACAGAAAAGUUGGGUGAACCCGAAUAAAAACGUGGUAGCUGUGAAAAGAGGUGCACUGAUCAGGGUUUUCCCGGCUGACUGUGUUAAGGUUGGGUCAGAAUCCAUCUAAAUGUACGUUUUUUUUACUUUGGCUCUGACAGUCCGAACAUGUUGACUCCUCUCCAUGUGAGCCAGAACGCCUGUAAGUGUUUGUAUGCAUGUGAAUGUGUGUUCUGUAUGCCUGACCUGAGCGACUAUUGAGUGUGUAGAUUUAAAAUGGAGAUAGACUGGACAGGAAAGGUCAGACUCUACUUUAAGAGAUAAACAUGUAGUUCUGUCACCUGCAGCGUCCUCUAUGAUCCAUAUGAACAUUUUCUUACUCUUUUAAUUUUAUUGCCACUUGUCGUUGAGCCAGCCGGCAGUGCCCACUCUGCUUCACUGCCCACUUUUUAGCCACUGGGGGGCGCUUCAGCAUCCCUAAAAACCCAGUCUAACAAAGAAUGCACUGUGACAAAGAGCA